AUUUUUUUUGCUAAUAUUUAUCAAGAACUUAACCAGUGGCAAGGUCCUGUGCUGUUUUAUGAACAUUUUCUCUUUAUUCCACAGGAGAGUCCAGCAAAGUAGCAAUUGUUAUUAUAAUCAUUUUAUGGAUGAAGGGACUGAAGGGUCAGGUAAAUUGCACAAGGGCACAGCAGCUGGCACGGGCAGAACCAGGAUGCGUUCACAUCACUCUGACCCGAGCUGAUGCUCUUGACUUUUGUAUCAUUCUGCUGUUCCAAGGGGACCUAUAUCCAAGUGAGGGAGGCGGGAAUCAGGGCAAGGACAUCUGUCUUUCUACACGGUGAUUCUUAUUCAUAUUGUUGAACUUCCCUUACAGUACUAACAAGUGUGGCUACCCUCAAAUUUGUAACGCAGCCAAGAUUCUUUUUAAACAGCUUCCAUGCUUAUAUCACCCAGCCCCCCACUUUGGCAGCCAUGUUCUCCCAUGUCUAGCUCACACCUGGCCCUCUACCUUUGACCAUGAUAGGCAUUUGAAUAACUAACUAGUCUUGAACUAUCAUAGGCACAACAAAUCAGUUUGAAUGAAACUACUUAAUAUCCACUCAGUGAGGGUAUACCCUGCGGUAUUCCAGGCAUGUGGAUUCCAAGUCAAAUGUGAGUAGAGCAGCAUCUGCAGACUCCCCGUCCGGUGCAGCAGACAUGCCAGCAUUUAACCAAAACUAAGCUGAGUUCUCUGAUACCGGUUGGUGUUCCUUAGAUUUGCCUGAGCAUUAAAAUCACCUUUGCCACUUUAUUUAAAAAAAUAACAAAAACUCCUACAGUUUCUUGAGUCCUGGCCCAGACAAAUUGAAUCAGAAUCUCUUGAGGAAGGUCCUGGGAAUCUGCCUUUCUAACAAAUGCCCUGGGAGUCUUAGAGUUAUGUAAGUUUGGGAAAUGAGACAUCAGUAGAAACAGGAUACUGUGGGGUCAGAGGAGGAAGUUGCUAAGUCUAUCUGUGGGUGGGAAGAUUAGCCAAAGCCUCCCAGCAAUGUUUAGGCCACACCUUAAAGAGUGAGUAAGCACACAAGUAGAAGGGACUUUCUAAGCAAGGAGAAUUUCAGGUGAAGCCUUUGACGCAUGAAAAAGAAUCGUUUGUUCAGAGUGGGUGCGUGGAGUUUGUGUGACUGCUAAGAAGGGCAGCAGCUGAAGGUGAAGGAGUAGGUCAGAGUCCUAAUGUGAAGUCUGUUGACUUUACCCUAAAAGCCACAGGGGCCACUGCAGGAUUUUAAUUAGGCAAGAGAAGGAAUUUCACUCUGUUGGCAAAGGGGAGAAUGGCCUGAUAAGAGAGAGACAUGGAGUCCAGUCUGAAGGCUGUCAGGGUGUCAGGGAGGUUCCCAGGAGCAAUUCGCCAACUAAGAGUAGUGGGAUGGCUCAGGAGGUAAUUUCAGAGCUAAAAUUGACAGGACUUAGUGAUAUUUUGAUUUUGUUAUUUAACUAAGUGAGUGGGGCAAUAGGAUGACUCCUUGCUCAGACAAUGGAGAGAAGGGUGGGUCACUGCCACUGGUGAGGGGUGUGGGAGGAGGAGAAAGGGGUGGUGACGGGAACAUGAACUCUGUCCCUGUGAGCAGAGUUUCAUUGGCUCUGGGGGAUCCUACCCACUGGGUGUUUGGAUGUCUGAGGAUAGAGAUUUAGGAGCCCACAGCAUCGUGAUGGGAGACAAAGCCUCGGAGCAGGUGAGACUCACUGAGGGGCGUGCAGAGGAAGAGCAGAAGGUGCUGAAGGCCAAAUGGAGAACCAGCAGAAAUCCACCAAUGUGGUCUAUCAGGCCCACCAUGUGAGCAGGAAUAAGAGAGGACAGGUGGUUGGAACCAGAGGCGGAUUCCGAGGAUGUACUGUGUGGCUAACAGGUCUCUCUGGUGCUGGAAAAACAACAAUCAGUUUUGCUCUGGAGGAGUACCUUGUCUCCCACGCCAUCCCUUGUUACUCGCUGGAUGGGGACAACGUCCGUCAUGGCCUUAACAAGAACCUCGGAUUCUCUCCUGGGGACAGAGAAGAAAAUAUCCGGCGGAUUGCGGAGGUGGCUAAGCUGUUUGCUGACGCGGGUCUGGUCUGCAUCACCAGCUUCAUUUCUCCCUUCACAAAGGAUCGAGAGAAUGCCCGCAAAAUCCACGAAUCGGCCAGACUGCCAUUCUUUGAAAUAUUUGUAGAUGCGCCUCUAAGCAUCUGUGAAAGCAGAGACGUAAAAGGCCUCUAUAAACGGGCCAGAGCUGGGGAGAUUAAAGGAUUUACAGGUAUUGAUUCUGAUUAUGAAAAACCUGAAACUCCAGAGCUUGUGCUUAAAACCAAUUUGUCCUCAGUGAGUGACUGUGUCCAGCAGGUGGUGGAACUUCUGCAAGAGCAGAGCAUUGUACCCCAUACUGCAAUCAAAGCCAUCCACGAACUCUUUGUGCCAGAAAACAAACUCGACCAAGUUCGGGCUGAGGCUAAAAUUCUCCCUUCAUUAUCAAUUACGAAGCUGGAUCUACAGUGGAUCCAAGUUCUGAGUGAAGGCUGGGCCACUCCCCUCAAAGGUUUUAUGCGUGAGAAGGAGUACCUGCAGGCUAUACACUUUGACACCCUGCUAGAUGGCACGGUCCAUGCUGAUGGAGUGAUCAACAUGAGCGUCCCCAUCGUCCUGCCCGUCUCCGAGGAUGAUAAGGCACGGCUGGAAGGGUGCAGUGAGUUUGUCCUGACAUACGGUGGACGGAGGGUGGCUCUCUUACGAGAUCCUGAAUUCUAUGAACAUAGAAAAGAGGAGCGUUGCUGCCGGGUGUGGGGGACGACAUGCACAAAACUCCCCCACGUCAAAAUGGUGAUGGAAAGUGGAGACUGGCUGGUCGGUGGAGACCUUCAGGUACUGGAGAGAAUAAAGUGGGAUGACGGGCUGGACCAGUAUCGCCUGACGCCUCUGGAGCUCAAACAGAAAUGUAAAGAAAUGAAUGCUGAUGCGGUGUUUGCAUUCCAGCUGCGCAAUCCGGUCCACAAUGGCCAUGCUCUGCUGAUGCAGGACACUCGCCGCAGGCUCCUAGAGAGGGGCUAUAAGAACCCAGUCCUCCUCCUCCACCCUCUGGGUGGCUGGACCAAGGAUGAUGAUGUGCCUCUGGACUGGCGGAUGAAGCAGCACACAGCCGUGCUCGAGGAAGGGGUCCUGGACCCCAAGUCCACCAUUGUUGCCAUCUUUCCAUCCCCCAUGUUAUAUGCUGGCCCCACAGAGGUCCAGUGGCACUGCAGGGCCCGGAUGAUUGCAGGGGCCAAUUUCUACAUUGUGGGCAGGGACCCUGCAGGAAUGCCCCACCCAGAAACCAAGAAGGACCUGUAUGAACCCACUCAUGGGGGCAAGGUCUUGAGCAUGGCCCCUGGCCUCACAUCUGUGGAAAUCAUUCCAUUCCGAGUUGCUGCCUACAACAAAGUCAAAAAAGCCAUGGACUUCUAUGAUCCAGCAAGGCACGACGAGUUUGACUUCAUCUCAGGAACCCGAAUGAGGAAGCUAGCCCGGGAAGGAGAGAAUCCCCCUGAUGGCUUCAUGGCCCCAAAAGCGUGGAAAGUCCUGACAGAUUAUUACAGGUCCCUGGAGAAGAACAACUGAAUGCCUUUGGCUCCAGAGUCUGUUUCUAAAGUGCUCUCUAAUUACCUUUUCUAUUUUUGUGAUUAGAUGCUUUGUAUCCAGUUGUUUUCUCCAUGACUGAUUUUAAAGUAAAUCGUUUAUAAUGAAGUAAAAAUUCUGUCUAUAACUUAAAGUCAACAUGUAUUUUAUAUUGUGCAAAACUGAGGACCAAAUCUUAGCAGAUGUAAGCAAUACUGUUAUACAUUUCAGAAUAAAAUUAGCCAUAUUCUCUAUUGCACCUGAGCAGUUAGGUCCCGGAUUCCUUAAAGCUUUGACUGCAAGUCUAGCUACUUGUCAGAAAGUGAAGCAUAUUUUCCAGCUUAAGUUUUGCCAACCUGCGCUCUCCUGGUGUCUUAUACCAGUAGUAAAAUAAAUCAGAUCAGUUUUCUCUUCCGUACAAUUGAUUAAAAAAAAAGAUUUCUCAUCUUAAAAGGGGUCUGGCUGAUGCCAAGAUGUUUUUUUAACCUCAGGCUUGUGACAGCCUUGCUGCUUCCUAUCUACCCUGUUGAAGGCCUGAAUGCAGAAACCAAAAGUGCGACAAUGUGAAUUCAAUCUUAGAGAUCUAUGCAACCUACUUCUGCCAGGAAAGUUACAUUGUUCAAUAAGAAAUCUUAAUGGCCUUCUGUGAAUAAUGUAACUCCAGUUAAACCAUGACUUUUAAUAGUGUAGCGCUUUGAUAGAGGAUUUGCACUGAGAGGUCAGGCCAUCCUGCGAUGUUGUAGAAACUUUUCCUCUUUGCUGUGGUCAUUAUGUCCUACGGAGAGGCUGGGCCUAUCUGAAUGCAGCAGCAGCUAUAACCAAAAAUAAUCCACACCCUCCGACUAGGGAGGGGCUAGCUCUGGAAAAGACCCCAGAAAACACAGAACCCAGCCCUGUCAUCUAACGGGUGAACACUGCAAUGUGCCUGCCUGCCUCCCUCCUGAGCUGUUGAGCUGUAACAAAAAUGCACCCUGAAUGAACACCCAGACCACUUGACUUUGUCUGGUGCUUUGUCUGCACCAAACACAGAAUGCUGGGUCGCAGUCCCCUCAGCUGCUAAACAAGCUCCUGAACACAGGGUGAUUGUCAAGAGGCCUUCUUGGACACUGAAAGGUCUGCAGCAGUGUUUUUCAACAUUGUUAUCUCACAGCACACUUAAACCUAUACACUUCUACAGCACUUAAAUUAUGUUGAACAACAAAAAGAGUUAAAAAAAAAAAAGAAAAGAAAAUACUAUGCUUUGAACUUUUCAAAAAUAAUUAAUGAUCUUUAAUAAUAUUCGUGGCAUACCUAAGGUCUUUUCAUGGCACCCCUGUGUACCACAGGGUAAAAAUCACUGGUCUAGAGUUUUCUAAACUCUGUUGACUUUACUGGUUGAAAAAAACAACUUUUCCAAAGACUGAAGUGGUUCUGAGACAUCCUCUGAUGGCUUUAUUUCCUGAGAGGCAGUCUUUGUACUUUGUGGGUAAUUCAUUAUUUCUAAAGAAUACAUGAAGAAAAAGCACUUUUUAUAGGUAGGUCUCUCUGGAAGAGACCUAAACUGAAAAAAGAAAACUGUGAUAUUUUUCAUAUUCUCAAUUUCUUUUUAAAUGUUAAUGUCAGCUAAUAAAAGUUCUUUUGAGAAUUGCAUAUAAUGUCCACAGCAAAGUUUGUCUUUAACAGUAUAGUAUCUAUAUGCACUUAAUUGGAGGUACUCACUACUGCCUUUUUAAAAACAGCGUAUUUAUUGAAAAUGUGAGAUAGGAGAUAGUGCCUUAAUCAAAUGUAUUUUCUCAUUUUAAAAAUAUAUUUAAAACUGUUCUUCUGCUCUAGUUUCACACUUAGUGCAAAUGAUUGUUUCUAUGUACAACUGAU